AUGAUGAUGCUUCAUCUCGUGGGGGCUUUGGCCCUGGCGUGUUUUGCUACCGGCUUUGUUUUUCAACCCGACCACCACUCAACAUAUCUCAAUUCUCGAGUACCUGCACGGUUUGACCUUUCAAAAGAUCAAGCAGAUGGCUCCUACUGGUCAAGCACCUUUCUUACGACGACUACGGGAAAGCAGUAUCUCGCUGUCUCGCACGUCCUUGGCUCGCUCGGCAAAUCCUCAAUCUUGGAGCUGGAUACCCUGCGAUACUGGAACGACCUUGCCUACUCUGAGUCUUCGGACUCGAAUACGACGCCCAAUUCAUCUGCCUUUAGCAUCCGUGCUGGAGACUACGGGUUUGGUUCGGAAUCAGCGGACGGAAUAUCCACGAUGUACACAUUCGGCUCCUCCGCGAACUAUUCGUACAACUUCGGCCUCGAAGCCAGCUCAAAGGUGCUUCUGAACGGUGGCGGCGGCGCCAUCACGUUCGGAUCCGGCUACGCCAACUCCACGGAAUGGGCCAUCCCGGCGUGCAAAACCGGCGGCACGCUCACGUUGGAAGACGAAAUCCUCCAAAUCGACCCCGCAAAGUCCCUCACAUGGUACGACCAUCAGAAAGGCUUCGGUGCUCCGCGGAACUGGACUUGGUUCGAGCUCCACUUUCCUGAUUCCUCGAUCAAAGCCAGCAUCUGGGCAUACGACCUCCUUGCCUCUCCUUCCGCCGAGGCUCGGUUCGCAACGGUCCGAGUCGGACAAGAUUCUCACUCCCUUCUUGCGUACGAGCUGACGCCGGAUAUGGGUGACGUCUGGAAGUCUCCCAAUUCAAACAUCACGUACCCUCUCAAGUGGAAGCUGGAUUUUGAGAACGGCGAUUAUCUGUGGGUCAAGUCUAUCCGCCCUGAUCAAGAGAUAUACGGUUCGCGGCAGAUUGGUGACACAGUGUAUGCCGGGUUUGCCACCGUGUCAGGACGUUUUUUGGGGCAGAAGAGGGGCUUUGGCGUGGUGGAGAUGAUAACAUUGUAUUGA